AAAUUUAAAGAAUAUUUAGUGAGAUACUGUAAUAUAAGAUAAUUAGGAAAUCCCUAGAAGUAACAGAUUAGGUUAAGGGAUAGAAAAAGGUUAAUAAUAAAGAUUAUUAUGGAUGACAAUUGGAAGUAAGGUUGAGAAGUUUGUUAUGAAAGAAGAUACUUAUGUUAUAAAUAUGAAAUUGGGAACUGCUAAAUAUGUAAUAUGAAAUCCAGAUUGGAGGGUGUCGGGGAAGCCUUUUAGCAAUAUAAAUACACCAGGGAAUAAGAAGAAAAAUUUCUUCUUUUAUUUUGUGUGUUUUUAUUGUUGAUAAUUUUUUAUGUUGUGUCAAAUGUAAUGUUUUUCUUUUGUGUUUUUGUCUAUGCGUUAUAAGAGAAAACUACUCAAUUUUCUGGAAAACCAAAACUCUGAGGCGGGAGGGCGCCUCGAAACCGCCUUUUCCUCCCGCCUCACACAACCACGCCAUGAGGUCGCCAUUUUCCCCGUAUGCCGCCCUCAGAAGAGCCGCCUGUUUUUGCGCGGGCCAGGGGCACUUCGCCGCCCCCAUCCCCUCACCCCGAGUUAACCCAGCCAUCUCCCUCCGUAAAAAUCCCUUUCCCCGCUCCCUCGCUUUCGUUUUCGGCGCCUGCGCCUCCUCCCGCUUCCCUCCCCUUGACGAGGCUCGGGAAAGCGAAGCCGCCAGGCCGGCCCAGCUCAUUUCCCGCCUCUUUUCUCCUCCCCGCCUCGAGCCCGGCGGGGCAAACGGCCGCAACGAAAGCGCCAUCUACGGGCAUGGGGCGCGCACUGCCGGCUCCUUUCGCCGCCGCCACCCCUCCUCCUCCUCCUCCGUCGCGGCCGAGCGGGCAGGAGGGAGCCUGCUGUGGGGCUGCGGGGUUUGUGAGGGGGGAUCCCUCCGAGGUGAGGGAAAGUUGGUGUCCGCCGAGGGAGACAUGAGCGGCGGCCGGAGGGGGAGCAGCAGGAGCUGCCGGGGCGACGAGGAGGAGAGGGAAGCGGCUCUCCAGAAGCUCAUCGUCCGCCUGAAGAAUGUCCAGGAAGGGAAGCAGAUCGAGACCCUCGUCCAGAUCCUGAGGGAUCUCCUCGCCUUCGCCUCGUCGCCCAGCGGUCCUCCCUUGCUCGUCGGCAAGAACGUCCACGUGCCUCUGUUGUUGGUGCUGGCCUCGUACAUGAGGGUGGCGAGCGUGCAGCAGGUGGGAUGGUCGCUUCUUUGCAAACUUAUCGAAGUUUGCCCAGACACGCUUCAUAACUUAGCAGCCCCUCAAGGUGUUGGGAAGGAUUGGGAAGUGCUUGGUGUUCACCAGCACAUUCUUAAGAUGCUUAAAAACCACAAUGUGAACAUACACCUUUCUACAGUUGGCCUCAAAGCAUUAAAUAUGCUUCUCUCUUCAGAUGUAAUAACACUUCUUCUCUUGGAGGAAGGAACAGACGUAUUUUUACUGAUAUUUGAUGCCAUGGACACAUUUUCUGAUAAUGAGGAGAUCCAGAAAUAUGGAUGUAAAGCUUUGCACGUGCUUCUUGAAAAAGUUCCAGAGGAGCAGCUGAUUGAAUUUGUUGAGGACAGAGAUCACAUGAUCAUACUGAAUGUGCUCAAAAAAUUCCCCAAAAAAGAAAACUUAGUACUUCUUGCCCUGUUGUCUUUACAUUCAUUGGCAGGACCACCUAGCAAUGCAGAAAUUCUUAUGUCUGGAAAUGUGAGGUGUUACAAUGUCAUCGUUGAAAUGAUGAAAGAUUUCCCCGACAAUGAAGCAAUUCAGGAAGUGAGCUGCUGCUUGUUGCACAAACUUGCAUUGGAAAACUUUUUCAAUAUCCUGGUAUUGAAUGAUGUACAUCAAUUCAUUGUAACAGCUGUUGGAAAAUACCCUGCUAGUGCAAAGCUGCAGGCUGCAGGCCUCAGUUGCUUGGCUCUUCUCACGGAAACAAUAUUUUUAAGCAGAGACUUGGAAGAGGAGGAGGUGGAGGAGGAAGAAAAAGAAUUGUGUUGGCUGGAAGCCUGUUAUAAAGCAUUAAAAUUGCAUCGGAAGAAUAUAGAUGUACAGGAGGCUGCAUGUUGGGCUUUGAACAAUCUGCUUAUGUACCAACGUAAUCUUCAUGAGAAGAUUGGAGAUGGAGACAAAAAAUUCCCAGCCCACAGAGAAAUGAUGCUAUCCAUGUUGAUGCAUAAUUCUUCAAAAGAAUUGUUUCAAGCUGCUGCAAAUGCCUUGGCAACUCUACUGGAGCAAAGCGUAAAUAUUAGAACAGUUCUGCUGGCAAAAGGAAUACACAUGAAUGUGCUGGAGAUUAUGAAGAAACACUCCAACUCCCCGGAAGUUGCAGAAAGUGCUUGCAAGCUGCUGAACCGUGCUUUUGAAGGAAGUUUCCCCCCUCUGGAUAUAAUGACAGAAGUGGCAUCGAGAGUUGUGAAGGCCAUGAGAAAGCAUAAAUCAUCCCCAAGUGUACAGCUGGAGGCACUAAGAGUUAUUUUACAUUUUAUGACUUCAGGCGUACUGAAAAAGCAACCAAAUAAUUCUGACUUGGGCAAUACUGAGUUGGCGCUAAUGCUGAAAGUGAUAAAAAACCAAUGUUUGUUGCAAGGUGCUCACUCAUUAGUCCUUGAUGCUCUCAACACGUUUAUUGGAAAUCCUGGUAUUCAGAAAUGUGGAUUUCAGGUACUUUCUUCUGUUGUGGAAUGUUCAGGUGCGCUAGAAAUGUUGACACAGCAAGGAAUGACAGAUACCGUACUCCAUACGCUACAGAUGUAUCCUGAUGAUCAAGAAAUACAGUGCUUAGGCUUAAGUCUUCUGGGAUCCUUGAUUACAAGAAAGAUAUUGUGCAUUGCAAUUAUACAAGUUCUGGCGGCAAUCUUGGUUUCUACUUUACGGCGCUUUAAGGAGGUUGUUGAAAUACAGGCACAUGGAUUUAAUGUGAUUAUAAAAAUACUUGACCUGUCACCUUGUUUUGCAAAGCUGUUAAUACAGGAGUCAUUUGAUACAGCCAUUUUUUAUCAGAUGUCCAUGUGUUUCACUGAGCAAAGAGACCAGCAGUUUCAGAGUCUUUGUUGUAAAUGCUUUGCUAAAAUAGCUGACAACGAUGAUUUAAAAAACCUGAUGUUGGAGAAAGCCUGUGCUGAGUAUAAUACCAUUAUGGUUGAAUGCUUACUCUUGCUGGGAGCUGAUGUGAAUAAGGAGACAAAGAAAAACUCUUUAAUCUAUCAAAUUUGUGAGAAAGGGAGCAAUCCUAAGUUGGUAGAACUGCUAUUAAACGGCGGUGCUCGAGAGCAGGAUGUCCGGAGUGCUCUCACAAUCAGCAUCAAGAAGGGAGAUAGCCAGGUCAUUAGCUUGCUCUUAAAAAAGCUUAGUCUGGAUUUGGCCAACAGCAGCAUAUGUCUUGGCGGUUUCUGCAUUGGUAGAAUUGAACCUUCCUGGCUGAGCCCCUUGUUUCCAAGUAAACAAGGAUCCUUCAAGAAACAAAAUGCAGGCUCUGCGCUGGCCAGAAUGGUGCUUAGAUACCAAAAGAAAAGCAGCUAUGAGGACCAGUCAAGUUCUAGUUUUGAAGAAAAUACUGAUGAAAAUAUAAAGGAGCAGCUUGAUGACUGGGAACUUCUCCCUGACCAUUUAGUCGACAGUGUUUUCUGCUUGAGUGAUGGUAUAGAUAGUGAAGGGAGUGAAAACUCAAUUAUCGUGAAGAAGAAAUCCAACUCCGUGGCUGUUGCAGACGUCCACAAAGACAGGGCCUUGCAGAUGUGUUCUCAGACCCUGAAAAGGAAUUCCAAGUCUGUGGGACCUGGGUCACAUCACGAACCAUUUAAGAAUCCAAGAAGAGGGCAAAUGUCUUCUGAAGAAUCGCACAACACCCCAAAUCGAUUGGACAGUUCCUCUUCGUCAAUCCCUGACAGGGAAUUUAUUAAGUCACUUGAUCUUUCAUCAAAUGAGCUGGAGAAUAUAGAUAGCAUCAGUCAAAGCUCUUGCUUAACUACUCAUUUGGAACAUCUUGAGAAGUUAGAGCUUCAUCAAAAUGCCCUUCCAUGCAUUUCUGAACAAUUGUGUGAGAGCUUGAAGUGUUUAACUUAUCUGGAUCUGCACAGUAACCGUUUUAAAUCGUUUCCUCCAUACCUGUGGAAAAUGCCUCAUAUAGCACAUCUUGAUAUCUCCCGCAAUGAGAUUGGUCCUUCCUUAAUCUUGGAUUCAAAGAUUGUCUGUCCAUCUCUAAAGCUACUGAAUUUAUCAUACAAUCAAUUGUCAUGCAUUCCCGAAUUUCUCUCCAAUGUUGCACAAAACCUGGAGCACCUUAUAUUAGAAGGUAACAAGCUUUCAAGUGUGUGCUCACCGUUAUGUUUGAAGGAACUGAAAGUGUUAAACAUUAGUAAGAAUGCUGUAUCCUUCUUGGCUGAGAAUUUUCUAAAAGACUGUUUGAAGCUGGAGACACUCAAUGCUGGGAUGAAUUCACUCGAGGCCACACCUGAUUUGCCGCCUAACAUAACUACAUUGAAAUUAUCUCAGAAUAAUUUUUCUAGUGUUCCAGAAGCAAUUCUUCUUCUCCCACAUCUGAGAUCAGUGGAUUUAAGCAACAAUAAAAUCACAACUCUGCCUGGGCCACUUCAUUGGAAAACGUCUAAUUUAAGGGAGUUGCUGUUUAAUCAUAAUCAAAUAAGCACCCUGGAUCUGAAUACAAAAGCUUUCUUGUGGUCUCGGCUCGAAAAGCUUCACCUCUCCCACAACAACUUAAAAGAGAUUCCUCCUCAAAUUGGGUUCCUUGAAAACUUAACAUCUUUCGAUGUAAGUUACAAUCCAGAAUUAAGAAGCUUUCCUGAUGAAAUGGGAAAGUUAUCCAGAAUAUGGGAUCUUCCCUUGGAAGGGUUAAAUCUUAACUUUGACUUCAAGUAUGUGGGAUGGAAAGCCAGGGACAUUAUAAGGUUUCUUCAACAGCGUUUAAAGAAAGCUGUCCCUUAUAACCGGAUGAAGCUCAUGAUAGUUGGAAAUACAGGCAGCGGUAAAACUACACUGUUACAACAAUUAAUGAAAUGCAAGCGACAAGACAUGGAAAUUCCCAAUGCGACAGUUGGCAUUGAUGUGAUUGACUGGAGGGUUACAGUGAAGAGUAAAACAAAGAAAGAACUUGAAUUAAGUGUCUGGGAUUUUGGAGGCCAGGAGGAAUUCUACAGUGCUCACCCCCACUUUAUGACCCAGAGAGCUCUGUACCUUACUGUUUAUGACCUUAGCAAAGGAGAGGCUGAAGUGGAUGCUAUGAAGCCGUGGCUGUUUAAUAUCAAGGCCCGAGCUUCAUCUUCACCUGUGAUUCUCAUUGGUACUCAUUUAGACAUCUCUAAUGACAAACAGCGUAGAGCUUGUGUCAACAAAAUUACCAAGGAACUGAUGAAUCAGAGGGGAUUUCCAGCAAUCCGAGAUUACCAUUUUGUGAAUGCUACUGAAGAGUCCGAUGCUAUGAUGAAACUUAGAAAAACUAUAAUAAAGGAGAGUCUGAAUUUCAAAAUCGGAGACCAGCCCGUUGUUGGACAGCUAAUCCCAGACAGCUACCUGGAACUUCAGAAGAGAAUUUUAGAGGAAUGCAAAAAUGUUCCAGCUGAAUUUCCUGUGAUUGACCACAAGCGGUUGUUAGAAUUGGUGCAAGAAAACCAGUUGCAGUUGGAUGAAAAUGAACUCCCACAUGCUGUUCACUUUCUGAAUGAAUCAGGUGUUUUGCUCCAUUUUCAAGAUCCAGCACUUCAGCUAAGCGACUUGUAUUUUGUGGACCCUAAAUGGCUAUGUAAAAUCAUGGCACAGAUCUUGACAGUGAAGGUUGAAGGCUUUCCUAAGUACCCAAAGGGAAUCAUAAAGCGUACUGAUGUAGAGAACUUCCUGCUAAAGAAAAGCAAAUUUCCUAAGGUUUACAUGUGUAAAUACUUCAGGCUUCUGGAGAAGUUCCAGAUAGCACUGCCACUAGGAGAAGAUCAGCUCCUUGUUCCAAGCAGCUUGUCAGAUAAUAGGCCUGUGAUAGAGUUACCACACUGUGAAAACUCUGAAAUUAUCAUAAGGCUGUAUGAAAUGCCCUAUUUUCCCAUGGGAUUCUGGUCCAGGCUAAUCAACAGGUUGCUUGAAGUGUCGCCGUUUAUUCUUUCAGGAAGAGAACGAGCUCUUCGUCCUAACAGGAUGUACUGGAGGCAAGGCAUAUAUCUGAACUGGUCGCCUGAAGCCUAUUGCCUGGUGGAAUCGGCAGUUUUUGAAAACAACCCAAACAGUUUCCUCAAAAUUACUGUGCCUUCCUGCAGAAAAGGUUGCAUCCUCUUGGGGCAAGUUGUUGAUCACAUUGAUUCUCUUAUGGAAGAAUGGUUUCCGGGCUUGCUAGAAGUGGAUGUUUGUGGUGAAGGAGAAACACUCUUGAAAAAAUGGGCUUUGUAUAGCUUUGAGGAUGGUGAGGAGCACCAGCAAAUAUUACUUGAUGACCUUCUGAAAAAAGCAGAAGAAGGUGACCUCUUGGUGAAUCCAGAUCAGCCAAAAUGCACUAUUGCAAUUGCCCGAAUUGCUCCAGACCUGAUACUGGCCGAUUUACCUAGAAAUAUAAUGUUGAAAAAUGAGGAACUAGUAUUUUGCCAAACACCAGAAUUUCUUCUAGGUGAUGGUGGAUUUGGAUCUGUAUACCGUGCUUCUUACAGUGGAAAUGAGGCAGCUGUAAAGAUUUUUAAUAAGCACACAUCUCUUAGACUUCUAAGACAAGAACUUGCAGUGCUUUGCCAUCUUCAUCACCCUAGUUUAGUGCUCUUGCUGGCUGCAGCAGUGCGUCCCCGAAUGCUUGUCAUGGAAUUGGCACCAAAAGGGUCUCUAGAUCGAUUGCUGCAACAAGACAAUGCCAGUCUAACCAGAACACUCCAGCACAGGAUAGCUCUACAUGUAGCCGAUGGCUUAAGGUAUCUUCAUUCAGCAAUGAUAAUCUACCGCGAUCUAAAGCCCCACAAUGUGCUUCUCUUUACACUGUAUCCCAAUUCAGCGGUCAUUGCAAAGAUUGCCGAUUAUGGUAUCGCCCAGUAUUGCUGUAGAAUGGGGAUAAAAACAUCUGAGGGCACACCAGGCUUCAGAGCACCAGAAGUUGCAAGAGGAAAUGUUAUUUACAAUCAGCAAGCUGAUGUUUAUUCAUUUGGCUUGCUCCUGUAUGACAUUUUAACAGCUGGUGGGAGAAUAUUAGAAGGCAUGAAAUUUCCUAAUGAAUUUGAUGACUUAGCUAUCCAUGGAAAAUUGCCAGAUCCUGUCAAAGAAUAUAGCUGCACCCCCUGGCCAGAAGUUGAAGAUUUAAUUAAGAAAUGUUUGAAAGAAAAUCCUCAGGAAAGACCUACAUCUGCUCAGGUUUAUGAUAUUUUGAAUUCGGCAGAACUUGUCUGCUUGAUGAGAUACAUCUCAGUACCCUCUCCUUUUGGAGCAGAUUGCAUGGUUGCUGCAAAUCCAAGUUGUAAGAAGACAGGAAUCUGGAUAGGUAGCGGAAACUUAGAAGCAGCACAGAUCUCAUUUAUUGAUUUAAAUUCAGAUGGACACGGGUGUCAGGAAAUUGCAGAUAACAGAGUAUUGUGUAUGGCCUUGGUAACUCUUUCAGCAGAGAAGGAGAACUGGAUUGUAGCAGGAACUCAUUCUGGUUGUUUGUGGGUCUUUCAUGCAGAAGAGGAGAAGCCCAGGCACCAACUUCAGAAGAUGUCGGAUUCUGUCACAUGUCUUUACUGCUACUCUUAUGCAAAGCAAAACAAACAGAACUAUUUUUGUGCUGGUACAGCUGAUGGGCAGCUAGCGGUUUUUAAAGACACAGCAGUAAAGUGCAAAGAUGCUGCACCUUUGAAGAUUUUACAACUUGGAACCCGCAGCACCCCACUUAUGUGCUUAAGAGAAUCUGUUUAUUCAUGUGAAAAAAAUACAAUCUGGGGAGGCUGUGGAACAAAGAUUAUAUCAUUUUCUAAUGACUUCUGCGUCCAAAAAAUCAUUGAGACAAAAACAAGCCAAAUAUUAUGCCACAGGGCUCACAGUGAUGCCAAUAUCAUUUCCAUAGCAGUAGACAAAUCCAUCUACUUGGCAAAGAAAAACAGCUAUUUUGUGGAAGUUUGGGAUAAAAAGGCAGAGAAGCUUUGUGAACUAAUCGACUGCAUGCAUUUUCUAAAGGAGGAGGUGCCAAACCUGAAUAAAGAAUCAAAACAAGAAGUUGCUAUUUUGGGAAGAGUGAAGAGCAUCUGCCUGCAGAAGAAUACAGCCCUUUGGAUUGGCACAGGGGGAGGACAUAUCUUACUGCUUGACCUCUCAACUCGUCGGCCCAUAAGAAUAAUAAGGGAUUUCUGUGAUUCUGUUAGAUUCAUGAUGACAGCCCAGUUAGGGAGCCUGAAGAACGUAGUUCUGGUGUUGGGCUACUGCCAUAAAGGUGAAAACAAAGACAGCGAAUACACCACAGGAAUACAGUCAUGUUUAACUAUAUGGGACAUUAAUCUGCCACAUGAAGUGCAAAACCUGAGAAAACAUAUUGAGCUGAGACAAGAGUUAGCAGAAAAAAUGAAGAGCAUUUCUUUGGAUUAACUGGCUAUGCAAACACUUAUCUCACUGGGCUCAUACGGGAGGGUUCUGUGCUAGCUCCAUUGAAAUAUGCAAUGUAAAUAUUUCUCAGGAUGGAUCAGCAAAGGUUUGUUGAAAAUAUAGAGAAUAUUAUCGACUGGGCAGUGCCUUAAUUUUCCAGUGGUGAAAGGUACGUAGGAAACCCAGCUGUAACAUGUAACCUGAACUCCUUUCGUCUGGUUUUCAAUGUCUUUUAUACCACUCCAUGUUUAGAGUAAUUCCACUAUCCCAUGCUGUAUUUAUGUAUGUAUAUUUAAUCAAGCGAUAUUUUUAUACUUUGUAACUUUUUGAAGCAUUAUGAUAUAAAUAAAGGCAUGUUAUAGAGCAGGGGUCAGCAAUCUAAGGCCCAUGGGUCACAAGCGGCCCACGGGGUCAUUUUACUGGCCCACAAGCCACCCCCGAACAGAGCUACCUGCUUGACGAGUCCCUGCACGCUGCGCUAAACCGGCGUGGCACAGAGACUCACUUCAGCAACACCGGAAAUCACAUCUGUGCAGACGCCAGCACCGGAAAUCGCUGUCGGAAUAACUUCAUUGGACACAACCACAUGCCAGGUCAGCACUAAGUCCAACUGAAUUAAAUGGAAUUUACUCUGUGGUAAAUGAGGGCUAGAUUACAGCCCAGCUUUGGUCCCAUUGAGAUCAGUUCAACUUACAUAAUCAUAUUUGCAUCCAACCUGUUUUAAGCACUUUAGAUUGCUAUUGUUGUGAAUGUAAUUAUGAUUUCAUGACCUCAUUUCAGUUUGUGGGGCAUCGUAUCCAAUGGAAUGGGUGUUCACUCUGUCGCGAGACACUAGACAAGAGCAGACUUGCGGGAAGUUGGCUGGACUCCCUCGGUUUUUCCUCCUGUCUAGACACACACACAAUACGUUCCUCCUGACUCACCUAAGUUUUUUACUAGAUUAUGAACCGCCUUUUUUUCUUUAGAUUUCCUUUAACGUUGUUUUUGUUCUACAGUUCUUUGUCCGCACAUUGUGUUUUUUCCCACAAAAAAGAAAACCCUUUCCGUUGCUCUUUACAUUUGGUCAUCCCGCUUAUUUGCUUAUUUAAUAACGGUUUGGCCACCUCCCAGUUUGCUGUUUUGACACUGGCAACGGAGUGAGCGUUCCGAUUACAUCCCUGCCGGUUCGCUUUGGCAGAGACAUAGUGCCUUACCCUUGUCCUUAGCUUCCUGGUCGGUGGAUGUGACAAGGAGAGUGUGUGUAGCUUCUGUUUCCCCCCAUUCCAGGUCCACAGCGUGGCAAAUGGAGUGUGUGGUGUGAAGCUUUUGCCUGCCUUUUCUCCUGGUCCACUGUGUGGCAAAUGGAGUUGAGUAUUUAUUUGGUGAAAAAUUGAGUCUAUCUGUGUGUGUGCGCACGUGCACACACGCACGCCUCUUUGCUGUCUUAAUGGCUGCUAUGGAGGACACUUGUGGCUUAAGCCGCCCACCUCUGAAAAAAGCAAAGCAAAAACUGAAGCACUUAAUGUCCUAUAAAGCCAGAGGACGUGCUAAGACUGCUCCCCCGGCUCUUCCAAGGAAGCGUCUUUUUUCCAUAAUUUUACCCCAUUCCCAAGCUCACAAUACAGAGCAGGCGUCAGCUCCUGAGAGUGCUUCCACUCAGUUGAAUGCUCAGACUAUACCACCACAUGCUGAUUUUAUUACAGAAACUUCUGGGGAAGGGGGAAGUAGGCAGGGGUUUUUUUCUCUUUAGGGACUCCGUCGGUACUUUCUGCUUGGCGAAUCCGGAAAACUUACCACAAGUCUUUGCUCCUGUCUAGUGUCUUCAUUGGGUGCAUCGCCCCCCUCUCAAAACGAUACUUCAGAUGAGAUCAAUUGUUCUUUCUCUGUUGAAUGCCAGUAGCAUAUUCCUGUCAGGAUUCUCCUUCCCCUUUCCCACAUUCUCCCUUGGCAAAUUUGUAUUUAAUUCUGAUAUUCCAGGAGAUGUUCUGUUUGCUCUCUUGCACCAUUCACCUUUCCCUUCUAACAAGCUGGAAUUAUAGUGGGAAUGUAAAGCAAGGUGAUUUAAGGCGGUUGCUGAUGACCCGAAGGGGUUUGGUUAGGACCCUCUUCACAUGACAGAGGCAGGAGAGAAAAAACUCCAUCAACGGGGUGAUGGCUCCUUACAGGAUGAGUAAGUUACCACUCCAAUGUGUCCAGAAUCUUAACUUUACUACUCUGUUCCACAAGGUGUUCUAUGGGUUGGCCCCCAAUUCAUGUUAAAAUGGUGAUGUCUAAGAUUAAAAGUCAAAAUAGUAUCUGGGAUAGUAGACGCUAGCAGUAGGUGCGUUGUUUUGAUAGAUGAGUUAUUGGCAUAAUAAGUAGGAUGAGGAUUGAAAAUAAAAGGGCUAGGACGCCACCCAGUUUGUUAGGGAUUGAGCGAAGAAUGGCAUGGGUGCUAAAGACUUAAUUUACUAUGGUGGACGAUGAAGCCACUGGAUUGGGUAAUUUCUCACCAUGUGACUGAGGCAGGAGCCAAGAAUUGUGGGAGGCAGGCUGAAUCUCCUCAGUUUUUUCCUCCUGCCUUGAUGGAGCAGUUCGUCAUCCCUGUCCCCCUUCCCCCCCGGCAUAAAACUUAAUGGAAGUCCCCCAUCCAGCUUCAUUCCAUCUCCAAUUCCAAAGCACCCAGAGAGUUGAGCAGCAGUUGAGGCUUGCAUGUCUCACCUACUAAACAUGGGGGCCAUUGGUACCCUCCCAGCAGAGCAGUGAUUUCAAGGACUUUACUCACUCUUUGUGGUUCCAAAAAAAGGCCACAAGAAGUGGAGGCCAGUGUUGGAUCUCAGAUUCCGCAAUCUCUGGAUAGUUUACAAGAAGUUCAGGCUGUGCCCCAUUCGACUCAUCAGCAACCUAUUAAAUCACCACUUCGGGUAAGACCAAUUGUCCUUUCUCAUAUAAUGUCUUAUACUUUUAAACUGUUUUUCUCUUUAAAUAAAAUAAUGUGCUACCAUUUUCUGUUUUUUGUCUAUUUGUAAUGUUAUGGCUACAUGCAGAUUCAGGAUUGUGAAGUUCUCUGCUUUAACACAUUCUUGUUGAUAUACCACAAAUUUUCUGUGUAUAUAUGAAUGUAUAAUUUGCAGACUGUACAUGACCUUUAUGUAAUAAAAAUAAACUUUUUUU